GGUUCUUCCUUGAACCCCAGGUUCUGGGUGCUGUAAUGGGGUGUGGGGAAGGGUAGCCCCUACUUCCUCGCUUCUGGCUGCUGCAGUUAGGGAUAUUUGCUACUCUUCCCACCCUCAAGGUUCCAGAUUGCAAUCAAAGGAGGCUUUUUAGUUAUAUCCACCAGCCUCGGUUCUGAAUGCGCCUUCCUAGAGAAUAGCUCCAGUGCCUGCCUUUGAUGCUGCCCGUACCUUUCCCAAGUAGCCGCAGAGUGAACUUCACCUGAUUCUUCAUUUCACUGCCAACUAGAGAGUUCUUACCUGCAGCAACAUACUGAGUUACUAGAGCCGUGUGUCUGCAGGCUAAGGAAGUUAGUGUUCCACCCCUUUACAUUCCAUUCACAUUUGGAAGGUUACCUUUGCAACCGUAUUGGCUAACACCUCAUUGUAAGUGAAAACUCUGUAGGAGUUGAUGGGCACUGUUUGUCCUUGACACUGAGAGCAUCUUAUUUGUUAGUAGAGAGUAGGCAAGUGGAUUUUUGAAGCCCUGAGUCUGGAGUUAGUUAAAUACACACACACACACCACAGUCCUAAAACUGCAUGUAAACUCAAAGAGCAGGACUCCCCUUCAAAGGAGAUCAUGGUUCAUUAUAAUAUGCUGUCCCCUUAUAUGAAAUGAGUUUGGUGGGUCUCAUUCCAUUUCUUAUUGGAUGCCUGUUACAUCACAAGACCACUGCGACCACACAUUUUUUGGUAAGCUUGGCACAGAAGACACAAAUUGAAUGAGCAUGGAUGCUGAUCUAGUUUGUUACUGUAUCUUUACUGGUGGUCCCUCCAGAUCUGUUCUGAGAUCAGUUUGGGGGUAGCACUGCCGCUCCCCUAACUGUACUUGUCUUGGGGAUAAUAUUAACAUAUUUGUACAUAGCAUGUCACAAAGCAUAGAGUAAAACUCUCCAUUGUCCUUAAGCGAUGCAAUCAAAGAGGGGCUUCAGCGUAGUUGCCAAGGUCUGUGCAGCUCCAUGUGACACAUUAUGGAAAUUAUUUAGUGAGUUAAAAUGUAUAUUUGUAAUUCACUGGUAUAUACCCAUAAAUUGGCUUUAAAAAUUGUAGAUUUAGUGUUUUUGCAGCUCUGCUAAAUGAAGCCCUUAGUUUGUCUACAGGGCAGCAAAAGUGCAAGCUUCCAGCAUACCCAAACGAUGAUCUGGGAAGAACUUCAUUUUUCUGGCAAGGCAAAAUGGGAAACUGAAUGAAACUUGGGUCUGUCGGAUUGGAGACUUGGAUUCUGUUCUCAGCUCUGCCUUCAGUGACCUCCUUCAAGCUUUCUUUUUUCUUAUCUGUAAAAUGGGGGAAUGCUAGCUGCCUCCUCUAAGAUAACUUGCCCUGGAGUAUUGCUGAAAGACAAAAGUGAGCUCUAUCUCAGCGCCUGUGUAUUUGGACAGUACAAAAGGACUCGAUGUGUCCCUGCAGCAUUUCCACUCUUCUUAGAAGAGAAACUAGUAUUUGAAAAGGUAUUUACUGAUGUAGUUGAUCCUGGAGAACUUGUUGAGCUACUUGAAUUUGACACAGCAGUACUUGAACUAAUACAACUUGUUCCUCCAGUGGGAGAAAUUCUAGCCACUUAUGAAGAAAAUACAAGAGAUUUCCUGUUCCCUGACCCUAAGCUUACUCGUGGGCACCAUGGUUCAGAUCGUGAAGUUUUAAUGAAGCGGUCUUCUAGUUUUACAGGAAUUGCACCAAAAUUGAGAUUUUCUACCAGCUCCCUUAUUACAGAAAGCCUGUUAAGUUCAGGAAGGAUUCAUGUACAGGAUAAUUUGGAUCGGGUGCAUCAUUCAACACCAAAUGGAAGAUUACAAACAAGGUCACCAAAGAAAAACACCCCUUCACCUGAGAAAAACAGGCACUGCUUAGCAACAAAGAACUAUGAGCAGCCCACAAUAGCUUCUAAAUCACGAUCUCCAUCUCCAUACACAAAAAGACGAAUGUGUGAGCUAUCAGAAGAAGCCAGACAACGACUGGCCCAUUUAAAUCUGGGGCCUUUUGAAUUCAGAAGAGAAACCGAUAAACCUCCAUUUGUAGUUAGACAUAUUGAACAUCCGAGCCCCACUGUUGAUGUUCAUACUUGGUAUCCCACCAGAGACAGUGGACGAGAAGGUUGGUCCAGGGUAUCUUAUGAUCCUUCUCUUCUUGGCAGCUAUAGACCCAAGCUUACUAAAAUUAUCAGGUCUUAUCAUGGGAAAGACUUAGAUGGCUCUUCUGACAGCUGUGAUGAGCACCCGAUGUCGGGUACUGCUAGUAGGCAAUUUCGUUCUACUAGUUCGUUAAUACGUUCAGCACCCUCCUCAUUGCAGAAACAUUCCUCAAGUCCUGUACUCAACCGUUCUUCUCUUAGAGAAAGAUUUAAUUCUGGUUGGUCUACACCAGCAAAUGGAGAAGAGAUCCAUAAACGAGUGAAAAACAUUUUAAGGACACACAGUGCUAGGCAAAGGCUAACAUUUGAUGAGAGUAACUCAUCGAAAGGAGACUCAAGUAAGACAAGAGACAUUUCAUGUAAAGACUCAUUAUGUGGCAGUGAACUACAGAGCAGUUCAUCGGCUCAGCAGAACACCACCGUUCACUUGGAUAAUGGUGAAUAUUGGUCCAACCGGGCAGCUGUGUAUAAAGGAAAACCCCACAGAGCUAUCUUUGAAGACAGCCUGGAGAAAAUAUACAGAAACAUGUACAAAAAAGCUUGUGGCACCGUUUCAAAAAGAAAAAUACACUCCUGAUAGCAAUACAACCAGAAAUGUACAGUGCACAAGGUUACUAUUUUUAAUGAGAAUUAUUUUUGUGUAACAAAUAUUUGUAUUCUAUUUUUUAACAUGGAAUGUUCACUGGGAAGAACUCUUCUGGGCUAGUGGGGCUUUGAGGCUGGGACCCCAAAAGCAAAAUUUUAAAAUAAAAA